AUGGAGCCCAACAUCAAGCUUCAUGCAGGAGAAGGGAAAGACUUGGAAAAUCCAAGGAUGUAUCGACAACUGGUAGGUAGUCUUAUCUAUCUAACCCUUACUCGUCCUGACUUGGCAUAUGCAGUUGGAGUAGCAAGCCGUUACAUGCAAAAUCCAAAGAAGCCACAUUUGGAAGCAGUUCGGCCGAUACUUCGAUAUUUAAAAGGAACUACAGGUUACGGUAUUCUGUAUCGUAAAGGUGAAAGAUGCCAAGUAACUGGGUAUUGCGACGCUGAUUACGCUGGAGAUUGUGACACGAGGCGAUCAACUACAGGUUACAUCUUUAGUUUGGGAUCAGGAGCAGUGUCAUGGUGCGAUAGAGGCGACCCUCACCGUAUCACUCUCCACCAUCGAGGUCGAGUAUAG